AUGGUCGGCGUUCCGCGGAGCAAGGGAUGUAGGAUUUGUGUUCAGCGUCGCGUCAAGUGCGACCUGACACGCCCGAAGUGCAAGAACUGCGUCAAAGGCAACCGUCCAUGUCCCGGCUAUGACACAGACUUGAGGAUUCAGGACGAGGGCACCAAAUUACGCAAACGUUUCGGCCAGAAGCAUCCGCACGAGAGCAAAAGCGAUGUCGAGAGUUCAUCGCCUGCCACGAGUAGCCACAGUCAGUCCUCAGGCUCGUCCCCGGAAGAAUCAGUGGAAUUAGCGUCCCGCUAUGACACACCUGAACGCGAUCCGUCUUUAUAUCGUGUCGACGUCCUGCUCCCUUCGCGCAAUGCGUUCAUCUCGCCGUUCGAGAGUCAAUUCCGUCCCGAUGCCGACCUGUUCAGUCUCAGAAGUACUGUGCCUAAUCUGACAGCUCAACCAAGGGACGUAGGCAUCAAUCUUGGUGUUCCCUUUGAAAUGACUCUCAAUCAUUCACUGUGUUCCCCCAACCUGGCUCAAGAACAGCUUCUCGGCACUUUUUUCUCCGCUAUUACUCCUUCAGGAUCAGCAAUAAUUUUCCCCCAACAAUUACAGAGCCAUGUGCGUUGGCUCUCUCAGCUCCCCAACUUGUUCGGCUGCAAACUGCUAGAUAACGCGGUGCGGGCAGUCUCUCUGGUCCACCUGAGUCGCAUGCAUCAGCUGGAGUCCUUGGAACAAGAGUCUCGACGUUUCUACGGGAGGUCUCUACGACUGCUCAAUGACGCGCUUUCGGACAAUGCGCAAGGGAUGUCUACGGAGACACUGUCUGCAACUAUCCUAUUGUCCUUCUACGAGAUGUUUGCAUCGGACUCCAAUCAAGCCUGGAUACGACACGCAGGCGGUGCGUCGACUUUGAUGCGCAUCCGUGGGCCGUCCAAGCAUCGAUCGGGGCUCGACCGCGACGUUUAUCUGGCCUACCGCCAUACAAUCUAUAUUGAAGCAUUCGAGCGGGACGAGCCUUGUUUUCUGAGUGAGCCAAGUUGGGUGGAAUUAGCGAAGCAAGUCCACGAGGAUCUACGCCACAGUGGCACCAUGCAGCACGAGCGCAUGGAACUUUUCGACUUGGCCGAAGAAUUUUACCUGGAGAACAUAUUCAUCCCAGCGACAUGUCAUGACGCCAUGAAAAGCUCUAAAAUGGGGCAGAUUUUGUCUCCUAACGGGUAUCAAGAAUACCAAAGGUCUAUCCUCGACCGUUGUCGAAGUCACCGGGCAAAGCUCAAAUCAAUUAACCUACGCUUCGCAGCUGCCCUGAAACGGAUUGGACUGGAAGCCACCGUUCUUCAGACUCGCGACCCGGUGUUUCCCGUACAAUAUAUGUAUGUCAACGUCUUCAUUAGCUCGAGUUAUGUGGGCUAUUAUACCAUAAUGAUCAUCUUGAAUCUGAUCCUGAAGGAAAUGGAGUCUGCAGAAGGCCCCGGCCAGACUGGUAUUUAUGUCAUGGAGAACAAGGAAUUCGUCAGAGAGAUCUGUCGAACCACUUCCUACAUGCUGAAGUCGUCUUUCCUCGGACCCUUUUUUAUAAUUUUUGCCCUGCGUCUUUCUCUGAUGGUUCUCGAACCAGGAGUGGAAAGGGAUUGGGUAAUGAGAAAACUCCGCGAGAUUGGAAGUACGCACAUGAAAAUGGCCGCCGACAUAUCGGUGUUGAAGCAGGACAGGGAAGGGGAAGAGUUGACGCAGAUUGAUCCCCGAGAUUUCGACAUCGAUUGGAAUGAUGUGGGGAUCAACCUUGAAGACUGUCAUCUCGAGGACCUUGAGCAACCACAAGAUUACCAGUCAAUGGAGACUUCGCACACGAGUUUCUCCUGA